UUCUUCUUCAACGUAGCAAAAGAAAGAAAGAAAGAAAGAAGAGAGAUAGGGAUAGAGAAAUCCCAAAGAAAGAGGAGAAAUAGGGAUAGAGAAAUCCCAAAUUCGGAAUAAGGAAUCGGAAUUGGAAUAGCGCGCUAUUCCAUCAUCGCCGAUCAUGUGGCCCUAAUCCCUUUUAUGGCUCCUAAUCCUCUUCAAUCUCCAUCUCCAUCUCCCACUUCUCUUUAUAACCCUAACCCUAACCCUAACCCUAACUCUCUUCAUCCAUCCUCAAUCCCUUCUUCUUCUUCUUCUUCUCCUUCUCAAUGGCCACUGAUGCUUCCCCCAAAUUCCGCCACCCGGAACUUCUCCCUGCCGCCACUGCUGCCACCUCUGAAAACCUUCAACUUUCCCAUGAUGGUCUCCUUUUCUGGCAGUAUAUGAUUGCUGGAUCUAUUGCUGGUCUUGUUGAGCAUACUGCUAUGUUCCCUGUUGAUACUCUCAAGACGAGGAUGCAAGCUGGAUCUUUGCCUUGUCAUCUGCCUUUUGGUCUUCGCCAUGCGCUUGCCUCUGUUCUCCGCCAUGAAGGUUUUCUUGGUCUUUACCGUGGGAUUGGCGCUAUGGGUCUUGGUGCUGGCCCUGCCCAUGCUGUUUACUUCUCUGUUUAUGAGUUUGCUAAGCAGGCGCUCUCUAAGAAUAAUCCUAAUAACCCCUUUGCGCAUGCGGCGUCUGGGGUGCUUGCCACGGUGGCUAGCGAUGCUGUGCUCACGCCGAUGGAUACCGUGAAGCAGCGGCUGCAGCUUGAGAGUAGUCCGUAUAGAGGGGUGGGUGAUUGUGUUAGGAGAGUGAUGAGAGAAGAGGGGGUGCGUGCGUUCUAUGCGUCUUAUCGGACGACGGUGGUGAUGAAUGCGCCGUUCACGGCGGUGCACUUCGCGACGUAUGAGGCGGUGAAGAGAGCGUUGACGGAGGUCUCGCCUGAUAGUGCUAAUGAUGAAACGUUGGUGGUGCAUGCCACGGCUGGUGCUGCGGCAGGAGCUCUGGCAGCGGCUGUCACUACUCCUCUUGAUGUGGUGAAAACCCAAUUGCAGUGUCAGGGUGUCUGUGGUUGUGACCGAUUCUCUACCAGCUCAAUUUGGGAUUUAAUACGAACAAUAAGAAGGCGUGACGGCUAUACCGGACUUAUGAGAGGAUGGAAGCCCAGGAUGCUCUUUCACGCCCCGGCCGCUGCUAUUUGCUGGUCAACUUACGAAGCUUCGAAGUCUUUUUUCCAACGACUCAAUAAUACGAAGAAUCCCUCUUGAAUCAGCAUAUGCAAUACGUAAUUUUUCUUCUUCCUUUUUUUACUCUGGUUUUCUCCUGAUAUGAAGUGACACAUUUAUGUCAUCCUUCCUUCUCUGUUAAUGAGAACAAGCAUCAUUCUCUUUUGAGGAUGCUUUUGUACCCUUAUAAAUGAUCCAUGAAAACAUCUGCUCAGAAGGAUAUGUAUUUGUAUCAUUCUUCUGUGUUCACUUCAGGAGUUUUA